AAGAUACAGACAGACAGUGCACCGGCAUUAACUCGACGAUCAAGUGUGUGUGUGUGUAUGCAGUUUACCCUGUGCAAGUAAAACUGCAAGCGUUGCAGUGCAAUACUGCACUUCCGUGGGUCUAGUGGACCGGUCGUGUUUGUCGUGAUUUGCCGGUGCUCCUCCGGAUUUGUGAUACGUUAAAGUAAAUUUAUUAAUUGAAUAAGUGAGCAAUGAGAGUGUGGAAAUGUAAAUGCUUAAUGCUUAACUCAACAAGUGACACAAGACAGCUAUUGCAUUGCUCAGUGAUUUAAUGUUUGAACGAAGUGCACCGAAAUCAUACACCGCAGCUGGUCGCAUCAAUGGGAUGCUGCUAUAGAAGUGCAGUGCUAUAGAAGACAUACAGUGAAGUGCUUUAUCUAAAAAAGCUAAAGAAAACCGUCCGUUACAGUGAUUUUUAGAAACGUCACCUAUCGUCACCGGGAAGCAGUACACCACACACCGCGGAAACAAAAUGUCCGCCACGGGCAUGGAAAAUUUGGAGGGUGCGGACUCGACGCAUAACACCAAGGUGUCCGAUUCCGCUUACUCCAACAGUUGCAGCAACAGCCAGUCGCAGAGGAGCGGAAGCUCCAAGUCACGCCACAGUGGCAGCAACUCGUCCGGCAGCAGCGGAUACGGUGGCAAGGCUUCGACGCAGGCCAGCAGCAUUGCGCCACUCCCGCAACCGGCCGUCAAGCGCACCAAGGACAAGGAUCGCAAGAAGAAGAAGCUAAAGACGACCAGCGACAAUUCUGCACCAGCACCGAAUGGAUCGUCCACCGGCAGUAACACUGUGGCUGGAUCUGCAGUCGCAGGAAGCUCAACGACGGUCGUUGAGCAGCAAAACCUUUCCGGAUGUGGUGGAGAUCCCGAACCGAUGGAUACGGUGCCAGGAAACUCGUCCGUUAGCAGCGGAUCAGCCGUACCGGGAGAGCUUGGAACGGGUGGAACGGGUGGGCAAACGAUCGGACCGGAGUCCAACGAUCGUCACGAGCUGAACGUGGCAAGUGGCGGUGGUAAGGGUGCGGACGGGGCCGAACUAGUCAGUGUCGGAGUGUCAGCUGCAGCGGCAGCUGUUGCAGCACAGAUUAUCAAUGAAGAAAAAACUAAGGACGAUCGUAAACACAUGUCACAGGAACAGAUGCAUCGGUCGGCUGAUGCAACCAGCGACGGGCUGCAGAAGAAGCUGAUUGCGCAGAGCAUUCUACCCGGACCGGCACCACUACCGGCCGGUGUAGCCUCCAUCGUCAACUCGAUCGCUACCGGUGAAUCUACCGGACUGAGAGGCAAAAAAGUCGGGAACCAUACGGUCUCCAGCACCGGAACACUCUUGGGUGUGGCGCAAACGAAGCAACAACAGCAUCAUCAUAGCGUCCAACCGCAUCAACAUUCCAAGCAGCAGCAUUCCACAAAGCAGGACGCAUCUCUCCAGAGUCAGCAGCAUGGACUGCAUGUGCCACAGCAACAUCCCUCUUCCCAGCACCAGCACCAGCAGCAGCAACAUCAUCACCAUCAACAACAGCACCACACACUUCAUCCCCAACAGCAGCAGCACGACAAGCAGCAGCAACAACAGCAGCAGCAACAGCAGCCGCAACAACAGCAGCAGCAGCAGCAGCAACAGCAGCAAUCCAACACACCGCGCACCAACAAACCGGACGUGGAGGAUGGAUUCUGCUGUGUCAUCUCCAUGCACGACGGAGUCGUCCUCUUCACAACGCCCAGCAUCACACACAGCCUAGGCUUCCCGAAGGACAUGUGGUUGGGCCGAUCGUUUAUCGAUUUCGUGCACCCGAAAGAUCGGGCCACCUUUGCAAGCCAGAUCACGUCGAAAGUCGUCGUACCGCUCGGCGAAUCGAAGAGCGGCCAGAAGGAUCAGAAAAAUUCACUCUACGUCAUGCUGCGCAAGUACCGGGGGCUGAAGACGGCCGGGUUCGGUGUUACGAAAACGACCGUCAACUACGAACCGUACCGUUUGGUGCUGACGUUCCGCGAGGCGCCGGCAGAAAAUGCGGAAAUUAUGAGCGGUCGUAGCAUUCUGCUCAUCAUCUCCGCCACACCGGUCAAGAGCGUCUACAAGGAACCGAACGAAUCGCUGUGUGAGCGUGAUCUGAAGUUUAACACGCGCCACACAACGUCCGGAGUGUUGAGCUACGUGGACGGGAAUUCGGUUGAGUCGAUCGGCUAUCUGCCGCAGGACAUUCUCGGCCGGUCGAUCAUGGAGCUGUACCAUCCGGACGAUAUGCCGAUCCUGCGCAAAGCGUACGAAACGGUGAUGGUGAAGGGACAAACGGCCGGUGCGUCGUUCGUCAGCCAACCGUACCGGUUUCUGGUGAACAACGGGUGCUACAUUGUGCUCAGCACCGAGUGGACCAGCUUCGUGAAUCCAUGGUCCCGGGAGCUAGAGUUCGUGAUCGGCAACCAUCGUAUCCUGCAGGGUCCCUCGAAUGCGGACGUGUUUGUAUCGCCCUUUUACUGCCACCAGACGCAGAACCAAUUUUCGGACGAAGCGCUCAAGGAAGCGAAAAUGAUCGAGGAGCAGAUCUUGCGCCUGCUAAAGGAACCGGUCGCUAAACCAUCCGACAUGGUGAAGCAGGAAGUGUCGAAACGGUGCAAAGCGCUCGCCUCGUUCAUGGAGGAGCUAAUGGACGAGGUGGCCCAACCGGAGCUCAAGCUAAACCUGCUAAAUGAAUCGGAUUUUACCUUUUCCGAGCGAGACUCGGUGAUGCUGGGCGAGAUAUCGCCCCACCACGAGUACUUCGACAGCAAGAGCUCGUCGGAAACGCCACCGAGCUACAAUCAGCUGAACUAUAACGAGAAUCUGCAGCGCUUCUUCGACAGCCGACCGGCGAUGAACAUCGAGGAGCAGAUGAAGAUGGACUCGUCCGGCGGUACCAACACGGAAACGAUCGGCGACGAGCAGUCGCACGUGGUCAGCCCGAAUCAGCGCGGGUUCAGUGCGAGCGGCGGGGGUGGGAGUGGCGGUUCGGCCGGCAACUUUAGCUCCGAAAGCAAUGCACAGAUGGACAGUACGACGAACACGACGAGCAACACGGGCGGGACGGGUGGUACGGGGACAUCUUCGGGGGGCGGUGGCAGCUUUCAGCCGCCGACCCUCACGGAGGAGUUGCUCUGCAAGCACAACGAGGACAUGCAGAAGGUGAUGCUGAAGAAGCACCGGGAGGCGCGGAUGGUUGCGCGCGGUACGGACAAGAACAAGAAGGGCCCACCGGACAAAGGGGGGUACGGAGGUGGCACGGUUGGCCACGGGGUGAAGCGUGGCUCUUCCCAUUCGUGGGAAGGGGACGCACACAAAACCAUCAAGCAUCAGCACAAUCCGGACACGGGUGGUGGCUGUACCUCGAUCCAGCAGUUGCAGCAACAGCAGCAGAAGAUGGGCCCCGUUGCCCCGCAUGCGCUGCAGCAACAGCUGCUAAUACAGCAGCAACAGCAGCAGCUGCAGCAGCAACAGCAGCAGCUGCAGCAACAAUUUCAGCAACAGCAGCAGCAGCAGCAGCAGCACCAACAGCAUCAGCAAAACAGCUUGCAGAUGCACUAUAAAUCGCAACACGUGUUGCAACAGCACCACCAUGCGCUGUACGGACAAGGACAAUCGUCCUCCGCUUCCUUCCAGCAAACGACGCUCGCCAACUCAUCCACAGGGCAUCUGCAGCAGGCGCAGCAGCAGCAGCACCAGCAGCAGCACCAACAACCUUCCGACCAGCAGCUUUCGCACCAAUCAACCCAACAGCACGCGUACCAAGGCCAGUUCCAGAGCAAUGGUUUGGGUCAGCUGGGUCAGCAAACCGAACCGGGCACCGCCGGGUUGCCAGGGAAUCCGAGGUCGUCCUUCAACACGACCUUCACGACACCCUCCAUCCUGACGCCCCAAAUGACGUACGGAACGCACAGCGGUAGCAUUACCGGUCGCACCGGGGACCUGUGGCCACCGUUCAGCGUGAGCGUAACGACCAUGCAAGCAUCGGCCGGUGCCGGUUCGGGAACGGCCAGCUUCGUACCAUCGCACAGCAUUUUCCCCACCCUGUACUACAUCCCGGCGGCCGCCGCCGCAGCAGCAGCCGCAACGGCCGCCCCGCAAGCGGCUCCGGUGGCAGCGCUGGAGGCACUACCCCGCCUCAAUCCCAUCACCGUACCGUACAUGGCGGCCGGCGUGAUGUAUCCGCAUCCGCAGCUUUACCAGCAGUCGCUCCUGUACCCGCCGAUGAUGUACCACGCGAUGCCUUAUCAACCGUUGCCACCACCGUGCGGGCUCGACAGUGACACGCGAAAUCAUCAACAUCCACAGCAUCAGCAGCACCAGCAGCAGCAACAGCGGCAACAGCAGCAGCAACAGCAGCAACAGCAGCAGCAAAGGCUACAGUCCCAAACCGGCCAACAAUCCGGCGGUCCCGGACAAACGACAAGCCUCGGUAUGGGACCGACGCCGGGCGGCCAAAGUUCGGCCCAAUCGGUCGAGGUGUCCGGUACGACAACCAACGGUGGUGGCCAUACCGGCACCAAUGGUGGCAAACUUCCCGCACACAUAACCGUCCCACCUUCGGCCGGCAGCGGUUCCCAGUCGCAAACUCCUUUCCAACGUCCGUCCUCCCAGGCAACAUCGGUCAAGGCGGAACCGGGUUCAGCUUUGGGCAGUAUUGCGUCCGCUUCCAUCGUCGUCAACCGGGCAUUUUCGGAAUCGUCCAAGAAGGAUCUGACCGAUUCGCCCCUCAUCUCCAACGUCGACUGCACCGACUGUGCGCUGGACGAGGUGCUCGAUAAGCACUGCGACAGCACUGCCGGUGGCAGCAUGGUUGACCGGCGGGUUAACGGUAGCUCCCGACUGACCGGCCAGCUGGACAAAUUGCCCAGUGGCAUCGGAGCCGGGAUCGGCCCAACUGGCGGCACGGGCGGUGGUGGCGGUGGGAUUGGGAUGUGUGAAGUUAGUGACGAUAUGGACGAGUCCAGCUUUUCCAGCUUCUACUCCAGCUUUCUCAAGACGGACAACUCGUCCGAAGGACAGAACGGGGCAGAGCGGAAAGAGUCGAGCGAGAUGUGCUGGGAAAGUGGGUCGAACAAUGCGACCUCCAACAACCGGAUGCACGGGGACGGUGAGUCCGGCAAUCAGGACUCGCUGGAAGGUGGAAAGCGAAGCGGUGCGGGUGAAGGCAACGGUGCGAUGGUACGACCCAGCGGUGGCGGUGGAAGUGGCGGUACCAGUGGUGGAUGCCGUGCCAAGCGACGUCCGAAUCCACCGUGGCUGGAUAACGUGUGCCAGACGAAGGAUCUCAUCUACCGGUAUCAGAUUAACGAGCGAUCGCUCAAGGAGCUGCUGGAUUCGGACAAUUUGGCGUUAAAGAAAAUUAGUCAGCCCAUCUUGGUGAACGAUCAGCUGGGCCAGCUGUACCUUGACCUCGAGCUGGAAGGACUGUCGGCCAAGCUGUCGCUCAGUGAAGCGACAUCCGGCAGCAGCAGCGACGACUGCGACACCAAGGACAAAGCCAAAGUGAACAAGCGCAACAUGAAGUACAGUAAGCUGGUUAUGAUCUACGAGGAGAACGCACCCUUCCCACCACCGAACGCUUCCGAACCGUAGUCGGGUGCGGUCGGACCGAUGUCAGCCAUUUUUACAGUAUUCUAGUAUUUCCGUUUACGCAUUACACAGAGAUCCAUACAUCUAACAUAACGAACAAAUAGCUAAUAGAUAAUAUACAGUGAGGGACAAAACUUGUUACGCAGCUAAUGCAAAAUAGCUCUUUUUUAACGUAGAACAAUAACGAAACGAAACAGUGUUUUAGAAAACGAUUGUUCCUAAUGUUAGGUUACCUUUAUACAUGGCAGAGACUUUUACAUAAUAUUAAGUAAUAAAAGAGAAAGUAUUUUAAAAACA